AUGAAGUUGACUACCAUCAUCAUUAGCACCCUUUUUGUCGGAACCUCGCUUUUCCUAUCUUCAACAAAGGCAUGUGAACAACCUUGCCGAGAUGGAGUCUCAGCGGCAUUCUCAGAGAAGUACAAACUGGAACUCGAACCAUUAUUUGAUGCAUUCAAAACAGAUAUUGUUAGUAACGCUCUCACUGGCGUUGAUAUGACUAAAUUUAGUGCCACUAUCGGCACGGACGUUACCAAUGCAAUUUCAUUGACGGCUGAUACUGUAAGAGCCAAAUUUUUCUCCAGUUUAUCGAGUUUCGCAAUGGAUGCUAUAUUUAGCCAACAACCCAAAUUCAUGGGCGAUUGCAAUCACCCGAAGCGUGUGACACAACCACCAGCCGGCGUUGCCUGGAAACCCAGCGACUGCGUUGCAAUGGACUAUAUCUGUGGCAAUCCACCUUCGAUCUGUCACCAUUUGGAUAUUGUCAAGGCACGAGUUAUCGGCACCAUUAAUUUCGGACUUGCAUUCAAUGCAACUGGUAGUGGACCAUACAUUAAGGCAUUUACUCAGGCAGCAGCCGAUGCAGCCACUGCCGGUGGAGCAUCGACCAGCGACGUCAAUACAUUUUUGAUACCCACAGUCGGUGUUAACAUUGCCAAUUCUUUAUUGAAAUUAGUACAGAGUGUUGCGACAGGGUUCUGUGUUGGUACCUCAUGUAACAAAUAUGACGCUGAGAUCUCUACUCUGCUUUUGUCAUAUCCUUAG